AGGAGUACGCCGCUGGCGCACUGGCCAACAUCUUCAGCGACAACGCUCCCAGUGUGACGAAAGGCUUCGAGGAAGCACCGCAGAUGGUCUCCGCUCUGGUGGCCAUCACGAGCACCCAGGAGCGUGGGCGAAGACGCGAAGAGGCAGGCUGCCUUCGCGCUCGCGAUGCUGGCGGCCGAGGAGACGCCCCGUGCCAGAAGGCGUGGGAGGCGGGGGCGAAGCGGCCCCUCCUGGAGCUGCUGGCCGCCGGCGUCGAGCAGGCUGCACUCGGCAUCAUGAACCUCUCGUGGAAGUGCCCCGACAAGAAGGAGGAGCUCGCCAAGGACGGAGACGGCGCUGUUGAGCACUUGCUGAAGUUGCUCGAGUCGGGCGACGACGUGGCGAAGGGGUACGCUGCUGGGGCAUUGAUGAAUAUGACGGCGGGGGCGCCGCAGACGGCGGCGCGGUGCGGCGGCGCGGUGCCGAGGCUCGUGGCCAUGCUGCGCGGGCCAGCCACGCAGGCCGCCGAGUGGGCCGCCGGCGCCCUCGCCAACGUGGCCCUGGGCAACGCUGGCGCCCAGGAGAGCGCCUCCGCCGCCGGUGCGGCGCCGGCGCUGGCGGCCCUGCUGGCGAAGGCCACGCCCAGCGGCAGGCCGCUGGUGGUGCAGGCCCUGGCCGCCGUGGCCGAGGGCCACGCCGCAGCCGUGCGGAAGGUGUUGGGCUCUAGCGAGAAGGCCAAGCUGAAGGAGUUCAAGGCCAGCGGCGAGAAGGAGAGCUCCUCGACAGCGUCCAGGCGCUGGUCGAAAAGCUCGGCGGCGACUUCGCCCUGUGACGCGGCCCGCGCGGCACCGUUGUCUGGUCGGCCGCGCGUGGUGCUCGGGCCGCAUCGAGGCGGGGUGCGAGGAGCUCCCCCUGACCCGAUGUUGUUUGCAGUGUUUCUCGAUCAAUUUGAUAUCGUCAUCCGUGGAGAACGACGCCAACGCCUGAGGAAGGCAUCGCACUUGGCUUUCCAAUCGUAGCAAUUGCGUAGGUCCACUCUUGAGUGCCGCGUGAGCAUUCUCCAGGCCUCUGACACUUCGCUUGCACAUGGUGCGGGAGAGCGGUAUCAAUGUAUAAGAGACUGUGCCUUGCGUGUGCAGUUGGUCGCGGUGUUAACUCACCGGCGCCAUUGCUCGGAGACCAUGGGUGAGACACAGUGCAGACGGCGGCGCAAAAUCAGCUGAUCAUGUUUGGUAGAUCUUCCUCACCUGUACAGUUGGAUUCGGGGUUCGCAGCUCACGAGUUGGGAG